CCCUCGCCCCGUUCCCAGCCGCUGGCCCGCCCGCGCUCCGAGCCGGGCGGGGUGUUUCCCACGUCCCAGCCCCUGCCGGCAAAGCCACCCGGGAGCCUGAGCUGUGCGGCGGGAGCCUGCCUGCCCCGGCCACGCUGUCACCCCCGCGGCUGCGGGGAACGUUUGGAAAAAGAUGUUUACAGUACUUUCCCGCCAGCCCUGUCAGCAAACAGGUUUCAAGGUGCUCUACAAAACUUCAACUAUUAUCACUUUGGUAUUUCUGCUUCUAAGCAUAGUUGUUGUUAUUGCUGUUACACUUGUUCAGAUCAACCACAAAGAGGUCCUUUCUCCAGGACUAAAGUAUGGGAUAGUGCUUGACGCCGGAUCAUCUCGGACUACAGUCUACGUGUAUGAAUGGCCAGCAGAAAAAGAAAAUGAUACAGGAGUAGUAAGCCAAACCUUCAAGUGCAGUGUGAAAGGCCCGGGCAUAUCCAGCUAUGGGAAUAACCCUCAAGAAAUUGUCAAACCCAUUGAUGACUGCAUGAAUAAAGUAAAGGAGAAAAUUCCACCUCACUUGCAUAAAAAUACCCCAUCGUAUCUGGGAGCUACAGCUGGAAUGCGACUACUGAGGUUGCAAAACGAAACGGCAGCCAAUGAAGUCCUUGGGAGCAUUCAAAACUACUUCAGAUCCCAGCCCUUUGAAUUUAGGGGUGCUCAAAUCAUAACUGGGCAAGAGGAAGGGGUGUAUGGAUGGAUUACGGCCAACUAUUUAAUGGGCAAUUUCUUGGAGAAAACCCUUUGGAGGAGAUGGGUCCAUCCUCAUGGAGCAGAGACUACGGGUGCGCUUGAUCUAGGAGGAGCCUCCACUCAAUUAUCAUUUGUCGCAGAAGAGUGUAUGCAGAACUCCAACAGCACGUUACAGGUGCAGCUGUAUGGCUAUGAGUACAGUGUGUAUACUCACAGCUUCCAGUGCUAUGGAAGAGAUGAAGCAGAGAAAAGGCUCUUAGCCUCACUAGUGCAGAAUUCAAGAGACAAGACCAAGGUUGAUAAUCCAUGCUAUCCCCAGAACUAUGAAACUGUUUUAACAAUGAAAAGUUUGUAUGGAAGCCUUUGCACGGAAUCUCUAAGGCCAACAAAUUACAAACCAGGCCAACUCAUAAAUUUCAGGGGAACUGGAGACCCAGCUCUGUGCCAGGAGAAGGUGUCUUUAUUGUUUAACUUCACUGCUUGCAAUGACAAGGGGGAAGACUGUUCAUUCAAUGGAGUCUAUCAGCCAAAGCUUAAAGGGAAGUUUGUGGCUUUUUCAGGAUUCUACUAUACAGCCAAUGCUUUGAAUUUAACUGGAUGCUUUCCCCUAGCUGAUUUUAAUUCAAGUAUGUGGUUUUUCUGCUCACAGAACUGGAAUCAGCUUCCAUUUAUGCUGCCUAAGUUUGACGAAGCAUAUGCUAGAUCCUACUGCUUUUCAGCAAACUACCUCUAUUACCUGCUUGUACAUGGAUAUAAAUUUAACACACAGACUUGGCCCCAGAUACAUUUCCAAAAAGAAGUUGGUAACAGCAGUAUAGCAUGGUCUCUUGGUUACAUGCUGAACCUCACCAACAUGAUCCCAGCAGAAAGCCAUCUGAUCCAGCUACCAGUGAACCCUUUUUUGUUUGCUGGUCUCCUCUUUUUCUUCACAGCCGUGGCAUUGCUGUGUCUCAUCUUUGUUGUUUACUUGUGUGUUGUAUCACGCAUGCGAAAGAAUAUCAAUCAUAUGGACCAUGUACUUGCUACAGAAUGAACAGACUCAAUGACAACACAAGACAAAAACUUUAAAUGUUCUUUGAACUGCAUUUUAGAAAACCAAGGGAGAAAUAAAUCAGUAUAUUUAUUUAAAAAAAAAUAAAAAAAGGAAAGGCUAGAAACAUAAGUAGAGUGGAGAAAAGAAAUCAAGGGAAUGGUAUUUAUAAUGCAUUGGAUUCCUCAAGAGAGGGCUCAGCACUCAUUGCUAUAGACUUAUGGUGUUAUAGUGUAACAGGCAACUAGUCAGUAAACUGUUUUGUUUGUUAAGCAUUUGGGGAGGGGGAAGGGGAGAGGGAAUAACCACCAUUCACUACAAGUUAUUUUGGCAUAAAAGUCUAAAGGAGACUUAACUGGUCAGUAGUUCCAAGAUACAAGCAAGAGGACAAAACCAUAGGCCAAAGGAAGAUAGUGGCAAUACUCAUCUGUCAAAUUGAAGCUAAAAGAAAAACUCAUUUCUGAAACAGGUAAGGACAUUGGCCACUAUCUACAGGUUGUAACUGCGAGGUGCACUCAGGUUUUUGGUGGGUUUUUUUCCUCGUAUUUUCAUUACCAUGUAGAACAUAACAGAAGAUUUAGGCUGCCAUGUAAAGUUGAUCACUAAAUUAUUGAACAACUCCCUUCUCACUUAGUUAUCAAAAAAAACCCAAGCCAUGAUUGCAUAUUGCUAUACAUUUUGACAUUCAGUAUAUCGGAGGCAGCAGCAGCAACUCUGUAAUAAAGGUUGGAUCAAGAUUUGUCCUGAAAGCAAGCCUCAACUCCCUCUGUUUUGUACUUUAAUAAUGAAACAGUCUCCAAGUGUGCCCUACUGCCUCUCCAGAGAGCAACUGAAUUUUGUCAUUUUUUACUAACUUUUACAAAAGAAACAUUUAAAAGGGCUCCCUUACCAAACUGUUGAUUGGUUGUCCAUACACUUGCAUGGGUCCUAAACAACCCCAGACUGUCCAGACUUCAUAUUCAGAUAAUAUCCAAGCCACAGGCCCCUUCUGAAACAUUAACACACCAAGUUAUUCCUCUCAUUCAUUGUCAACAGGAUAGGGGGCUAGACUCUGUGGGAGAGACAUGGCAAGGGGGUAGGGGUAGAGAUGUGGGGUGUCUGGCAGGGUAAGCAAGUCUUUGGGGAAAUGGGGUGGUGGAUUUGCA